AAGUGUUCUGCCCGCCCGGCGCGGCGGUGCCGGCUGCGGCGGGGGAAGAUGGCCGAGUCGUUGGAGGAGGUGGCGGUGCUGGUGCAGCGGGUGGUGAAGGACAUUCGCAACGCCUUCCAGCGAAACCCCCACAUAUGACCAGAGAUGGGUAAAGGACCUGGGUGUAUGUUUGGAGACAGAGCCAGAGACGAAAUUGGAUUGAUACCCUGUCCUGAAGCCAGGUAUAACCGGAGCCCUAUCGUCCUGGUAGAAAACAAGCUUGGUGUGGAGAGUUGGUGUGUCAAGUUUCUUUUGCCAUAUGUCCACAAUAAACUUCUCCUCUACAGACAAAGAAAACAAUGGCUGAACAAAGAUGAGCUGAUAGAUGUCACGUGUACCCUGCUGCUGUUGAACCCUGACUUCACCACUGCUUGGAAUGUGAGGAAAGAAUUAAUACUGUCUGGCACUUUAAAUCCACUUAAAGAUUUGCAUCUUGGAAAACUGGCGUUAACCAAGUUUCCAAAGAGUCCAGAAACAUGGAUUCAUAGACGAUGGGUGCUGCAACAACUCAUUCAGGAGAACUCCUUGCCCAGUCUUGUGACUAAAGGAAACUUGGGAGCAGCACCUGUGGAGAGAAUUCACCGACUAGUGCAGGAAGAAAUGAAUGUCUGCUCUGAAGCUGCUGGGAGAUACCCAAGCAACUACAAUGCCUGGUCCCAUCGCAUCUGGGUUUUACAGCAUUUGGGAAAGCUGACUGUCAAGGUUCUCCUUGAUGAACUUUCAUCCACCAAGUAUUGGGUAUCCAUGCAUGUCUCAGACCAUAGUGGAUUUCAUUACCGCCAGUUCUUACUCAAUUCGUUGAUAGGCAGAACUGUGACUGACAAUAAUUUACUGUUACAAAAUCGGAUGGUAAAUGUGCAAAACCCUAGCCUUCUAAAGGAGGAGGAGAGUGCAGGGGCAGCAGCUGCCUGUGCAGAGGAUCAGAGCGUGGAUCUCCCCCGCUGUUUAGAGGAAGAGUUGGAGCUCUGCACUGAACUGAUUGAUACUUACCCAGGGCAUGAAACCUUGUGGUGUCAUAGAAGGUGUGUGUUCUACCUUCAGCACCACCUAAGGAACAGACUUCCUCUUCUGAGUGCAGUGGUAUCAUCUGUGGGCAGCAAUGAUGAAACAUUGAAUAAUUCCCACUACAGUACUGCGAUAAGUCACAUGGCACAAGCUAUGGAUGUUGAUGGUUUGAAUGAAUCCAACAGCAAACAAGUUUAUACCCAGGAAACAAAACGCCUGAAACGUGCUCCUGUGCAGGACUCUUUUGGUCCAGAAAUGGAAUACCGGUUCAUUAGUGAAGUAUUAUCCACUUGCAGGGAUGUGGAUCAAGCCAGGUUUGCUACUGCUUAUAGGAAAUGGUUAGUUACUUUUUUAGGUCAGUGAAGAGAGUGUUUAAAGCCUACAGGGUUCUUCUUUUAGUGCAAUAUUCUCUUUUCAGACACAAAUGCAUGUUUUGAUUGCAAGUGUUAGCUAACCAUGUGUUUUCCACUCUUUUAAUGGUCAGUCUUAGAGUUCCUAUUCAGAGUAGAAGUCUGUCACUUUAUUAAAGAACUGGUGUAGUUUUUUAGUAAGCAGAUACAGUUUGUUCCUUAAUCUUUUCACCAAAGCAUUCUGUGUCAGCUUCCUACUGUAACGUAUUCUUAUUUCUUACUUCUGCAUUAAGGUGGACUCUGAAUCGUUGGCUUUAAAACAACAACAAUAAUGAAGUGUGAGAGAAAAAAAAGUCUGAAAUGCUUUUGAAACAGUGUCUGGAAAAAGAAUAAGAGGAUCUGUCUGUAUCACCUAAACGUGUUUCCAGGUUGAUCCUUUUUGCUAUAGUGGCACCUUGCUAAUACUUUAUUGGAUUCAAACUGUAUGUGGUGAGUGCUAUUACUUUUGUUUUAGCAGCCUUUGGUAGAACACCAGACUGCAGUGUUUCUUUCUCAAGGCUCUAGUAAUGGUAUUGGAGCCUUCUACUAUGGUAACUGGGUUUUUGUUUGCUUACUAGUUCUUACAUGAUUUUGAUAAGAAAGUCUAUGAAGUUGAAAUCAUGAAAAGCAGAUACAGGAAAAUGUGGUAGAAAAUAGUUCAAACACAUGUUCACACUUACAUUCAGAGCUGUAUUUGAAAAUAAUUUUCUUAAACUGCUUUACCUUCAUUACCUACUUGGUAUUUAUUUAUUUAUUUUAUCUCAACAAUCCAGAAUUAAUGACACUCAACACACAUUUCUGAAUUUAUUACGUACACUACAGACUCUCAGCCUGCUAAAUCACAUCUUGCUAACUUGUCCUUAACUAAGACCACUUAAGUAAAAUACGUGAUGGAGUAAAAAGUAAUUCUUCUGGUCACCGUACAAUCCCAAAAGUAGUCACCAGGAGGGAGCUAUCUCUUCACUUUUGUUCUCUUGGAGAGCUUCAGUCUUUGUUGGAUUGUUUUUUCGUUUUUGUUCUGGAUUGUUUGGGGUUGUUUGUUUUUGUUUUUGUUUUUUUUACUCUUCCUUAAAAGCACUUCUCCCACCAUACAUCUCUGUUUACGUAACUGUAAACUUUAAGGGAAUUUGAAACAUGUUUCUAGUCCAGUGAAACUAAACAUGAAUGGUUUAUUUUGUCAUUUUCUUGGAACUUGUCUAUAUAAGGGAUUUUUUUUUUACACUAACUGAAUGAAUUGUGCUUGUCCAAAGACCCAGGGGAUAAACUUUGUACAACUGUGUAAGUUUGUGUAAUGGCAACGUCACCUGUGUUCCAAGCAGACUAUUCACUGGGGAUUCGAUUUUCAAGCUAGACUCUUCGCCAAAAUUGCUGUAUAUUUCUCCUGCCCAAAGUGCCUCCUGACAGUGCUGUUUCAAGCUGCUGUUUCUGACGGGUAGAGAGAGCAACAAUGAGGGAUUAAAAAACAUAAGGUAUUAUUUGGAAAGAAAAAAGGCACUUGAAAUGUGCAGUUCCAACAGUUCUAAAAAAUUUGAUGGAUGGGGGUUACUCUUGCAUUUCAGAAUGAACAUAGGCCACCUCUAGUCUUAGAGAUUAUGUUCAUAACUCAUUUCAGGCACCAGAGUAGCUAACAAAGACAUUUCUAAAUGUACAGUCUUCUGUUUACAGUACCUAGAUAAGACUGACCUAGGCUUGAGUAUCUCCAUGGCAAAGCUUUGUCUUAGUGGAUAUCCACACCUGCCUCUCUAUAGCUAGUGACCUAUUACGCAUGGCAUUUUGUUUUGAGGUGCUUUGGGAUGUUGUCUUGGUUGAUGGUUUUAGUUGCAGAAGAUUAAGUCAGUACAUGAAGGAGGUGUGGUAGUGGCUUCAGAUGCUAAUUUCAUCGUAAGAUGUUGUCUCUGUGACCACUGACAAAUGGGUAGGUUCAGUUACAAAUUGGAGCCUGAACUUAAGAACUUAACUUGAGCAAGAAGUUUUACCCAGUCCACAGGACUUGACAUGUAGCAUGUAUGGUAGCCUGGGUCAACUUGACUAACAGUAUACCGUUAAUGACUAGUAUGAACCUGGGAAGCAUUAAGUCAGCUGGCAGUGUAUUAGGAAUCAUGCUCUUGGUCCCAGAUUACUUCAACAGUAACACAGCUGUGUGUUGUGUUUACCUUAGCAAAACUUAUCUGUUCACGAGAAAAAUAUUAGUAGCAGGAGCAGGCUGGGAACUGGGAGCAAGGUAAGAAAUAUUUCUUGAACUGUGGAAGGAAGGAGAUGGUCUCUUCAUGCACUAGAGUGAUUGAGAGGUUUAGAGGAAAAGAUCUGUAUUAGAAUCUGACUUGAAACCCAUUAUAUAUUUCUUCCGGAAUAUUACCUGGAGGCUUAGGUAGCUUUCUUAGAACUGUAUCAUGGAAUUACUGUGCUGUUGAAUUUUACAAUCUUGUCAUCAUAAACAAAUCCAGCAGCUGCCCUCAUAAACAUUUGAUUCGUGUCAGCACAAGUUACGCAUGCUUGUAUAAAUACAAGAUUUGGUCCUGUGUAACUGAACAGAGCUGCAUUCUAUUUUCAUACUUGGAAAAUGUUCUGAGAGCUCUGAUUAGAGUUGGUCGAUGUUACUUACUUUUACAAAACAUGGGUGGCUGCAGUAUGACUCUUAACUAUGGGUUUUUAAAGCCUACACCUAGUGGAAGUACUAUUUAUUUUUUUUAAAUCCAGUGAGAAUAGCUACAUUUAGAAGUGUUUGCAGACUGGACUCUGCAGCACAGGAAAGUGAAAAAUAAAAAAUCAAACCAAGUCUUAGCUUUCCCUUUGAAAGAAAUACAAACAAUAAGCUGUCAAAAUCACACUUUAAUUUUUUCAUUAUAAGUAUAGAUUAUAUGAAAGAAGAAAAUAUGUAACUAAAUUACUUCAAGCUGUCAAUGUCCUGAAGCCACUUACAUGAAAUGAUUGAAGAGAUACUUCCCACAAAUUACAUUAAGCUCACAACUGUGGGAUAUUCUGGAAAUAUGGUCUUUGGAGCGUACCUGUCUAACCAUUCAGUAUUAAUACAGAGUCCCACUUGGCCACUGCUGGGAGAAAAGAAAAAUGGUUUCAGGCCAUUGGUAGUUACAUAUAUUACACAUAAAGGUGAUCGAGUACA